AUGCUUGGUUUAUAUUAUAAUAAUAAUUAUAAUCGAUCAACUUCUUUACUGCUAGCAAGAUUUAAAAAUUCGUUAUCAACAAGAACAAAACCAUCUUCAAUAAUAUUAAGAAACACCCGCAAUUUAAAAUCGAUCGCACUACGGAGAGAAGAUAAAAGUCGAUGGGAACGUAGAGUUGCUUUAACACCUGACGCAGUAUCCAAUUUAAUCAAAGAAACGGGAGUCAAGAUUUAUGUGCAACCAUGCAAUAAACGAGUCUUUAACAAUGAUAGUUAUCUCAAGGCAGGAGCAAUGGUUCAAGAAGACAUAUCCAAUGCGGAUAUAAUCAUGGGAAUUAAAGAAGUAGAGAUCAAGAACUUAAUACCAAAUAAAACAUAUGUAUUUUUCUCUCAUACUCAUAAAGGACAAUUGUACAACAUGGGAAUGCUAAAAUAUAUCCUUGACAAGGAAAUACAAUUAAUUGAUUAUGAAUUGAUGACUGAUGAUAAGAAUAAAAGAUUAGUUUUAUUUGGGACUCACGCAGGAUACUCGGGAAUGAUUGAUGGAUUACACGGGUUAGGGCUACGGCUCCUAGGGUUAGGAUAUAAUACACCAUUCAUGCAUAUAGCAAUGUCACAUUCAUAUAAAUCAUUAGAUAAUGCAAUAGCCACAGUUAAAGAAUUAGGCGAUUCAAUUGUCAAAGAUGGAUUACCCGAUGAUUUUAAUCCAAUGACUUUUGUAUUUACUGGCAAUGGGAACGUUUCCAAGGGAGCACAACAUAUUUUCCAAAAUUUACCACAUGAAAAUAUUAAUCCAAAGGAUUUGAAAGAAUGUGUUUCUGAUAAACUUAAAUUAGAAGAUUAUUUGAUUCGUAAGGAUACAGGAAAAUUUGUAUCAAAACCAGAUUAUUAUUCCAAUCCAGGCAAAUAUUUAUCAGAAUUUCACUCAAAGAUUGCACCAUACACAUCUAUGCUUAUACAUGGAUCUUAUUGGGAUACCAAAUUUCCAAGAUUAAUUACUACCAAACAACUGCGGGAAAUUCAAUCAAAUCCAACCAUUAAAAAUAGAUUGUUAUGUAUUUCAGACAUUAGUUGCGAUAUAAAUGGAGCUUUGGAGUUUCUUUCACACUCCACUAAAAUCGAUGACCCAUUUUAUUAUGUUGAUGCUGUUAAUAAUAAAGAACACAAAAGUGAUGAUGGUCAAGGGACACAAAUAAUGGCGGUGGAUAUUUUACCAACAGAAAUACCACUCGAGAGCAGUAAACAUUUUAAAAAUAAUCCUGUUUUAUCAAGUGCGACUAUAGCAAAAGAUGGGAAAUUGAUGGAUCGGCAUAAAAAUUUAUAUAACUUAUUACCAAAAUCAACAAUAAAUUCUACUUCUACCGCUACUGCCACAGCAAGCACUGAAACUAGUACUAAAAAAGUGACAAUAAAUAAUCAUAUUAAGAAAAAGAUUUUGUUACUAGGAAGUGGAUUUGUUGCUAAGCCAUUUGUUGAUUAUUUAAGCGCCAAAAAUGAUUUGGAUCUAGUUAUUGCAAGUAAUGCUAAGGAAGAAGCAAUUGCUUUGACACAUGGAAAUCCAAAUAUUCAAAUUGUUAACCUUGAUGUAAAUAAUAAACAAGACUUGAGUGGAUUGGUGGAAAGGUCUGAUGUUGUUGUUAGUUUUAUACCAGCACCUUUACAUCCAAUUGUUGCAGAGCAAUGCAUCUUGCAUGGAAAACAUAUGAUAACUGCCAGUUAUAUAUCACCAGAGAUGAAGGCCUUGGAUGAACGUGCCAAGCAAGCGAAUAUAACUAUAUUAAAUGAGAUAGGAGUAGAUCCUGGGAUUGAUCAUUUAUCGGCAAUGAAAGUAAUCGAUGAAGUGAGAGAUGAGGGAGGAGAAAUAACAUCAUUUAUUUCAUGGUGUGGUGGAUUGCCAGCUCCAGAAGCAUCAAAUGUUCCAUUGGGUUAUAAGUUUAGUUGGUCACCCAAAGGUGUGCUCACUGCAGCUUUAAAUGAUGCAAAAUUUUGGAUGAAUGGAAGGUACCAAGAAAUUCCAGGAGGAGAUUUGCUCAAAUCGCAUUUUCCAUCAGUAUUAACAUAUCCAGGAUUUGCAUUUGAAGGUUUAGCAAAUAGGAAUUCAUUGUCAUACAUUGACACAUAUGGUUUAUCACCUUUGGAAACAAAAAAAGCAAUGUUCAGAGCUAUUUCAGAAAAAUUGAAUUUAGCUAAAGACCAUUAUAUGAUCGAUCAGGUUGUUGAUUCAUUAAAAUGGUUAUCAUUGAUGUCAACAACAUCCACCAAUAAUAAUAAUAAUAAUAACUUGCUGAAACCAAAGGAUAUUAUAUCAUCUUCAUCAAUAGCACCAAUUGAUUUAUUUUGUACGUUAUUACAACAAAAGUUAAAAUAUAGUUCGCACGAAAGAGAUUUGUUAGUUUUACAUCAUGAAUUUGGAAUCAAAUUAAAAAAUGGACAAGAUGUAGAUACUUACACGGCAAUGGCAAAAACUGUAGGAUUGCCGAGUGCGAUUGCCGCAGAAAUGGUUGCAAGAGGUGAAAUUAAGGAAACAGGAAUCUUGUCACCAACUACGAAAUCUACUUAUUUACCGAUUCUAGAAAAAUUGGAAAAUGAAGGAAUAAAAAUUGUAGAAAAUGUGGAAUGUCAUCGCAAAGAGACGAGCCAGAAGUUGGAGUGUAGUGGGCCGUCAACAGAUUCGGUUAACUCGAAAGGAUACCCUGCAUAG